CAACACAUCAGCAGCAGCAACAACAACAACAACAACGAUCACGACGACGACGACGACGACGACGGCGACGACGACGUCGUUUAACAAGAGCAGCGCAUAUACGCGCGCUUUACGAAUAAUAAUCCAUCUUUCGUACGAUUUGUUGUCGUCGUAGCUGAUUUUACCGUCGUUUCUCCUAGAGAAAACGACUAAGUUAUAUUCAGCCAGUCGACUCUCCUUUAUACAUUUUGGUUAUCAUUAUGGCGGACGACGAGGUUCUCUUCGACGAAGUUUACGAGCUCUGCGAGAUUAUCGGCAAGGGACCAUUCAGCGUCGUUCGGAAAUGCAUUCACCGACAGACCAGGCAGACUUUCGCUGUAAAAAUCGUCGACGUGGCCAAGUUCACCUCCAGUCCGGGCCUGAGUACAGCUGAUCUAAAACGCGAGGCCACGAUAUGUCACAUGUUGAAGCACCCGCAUAUCGUCGAGCUACUAGAAACUUACAGUUCCGAGGGUAUGCUCUACAUGGUAUUCGAAUAUAUGGACGGUUCGGAUCUGUGCUUUGAAGUAGUUCGACGUGCGACUGCUGGUUUUGUCUAUAGCGAAGCUGUUGCUAGCCACUACAUGAGACAAAUCCUGGAGGCAUUGCGCUACUGCCACGAGAACGACAUAAUCCAUCGUGAUUUGAAGCCGCAAUGCGCCCUACUAGCAGGAAAAGAAAAUUCUGCGCCGGUGAAGCUGCGCGGUUUUGGUGUCGCUGUGCAACUUCCUGCAUCCUCGCAAGCAAACGGUGUCGGGCUGACCUCCCCGAGCUGCAAUUUCCCUUUCGAGGACCUGACCGACGCCGAGGAUUCGUUAGUCAGCGACACGGAGGACAACAUUGGUCGUGUUGGAUGUCCACACUUUAUGGCACCGGAAGUGAUUCAACGUCGACAAUAUGGGAAACCAGGUGACGUUUGGUCGGCCGGUGUUCUCCUUCACGUUCUACUAACCGGCACGUUUCCAUUUAUGGGUUCUCGCGAAAGGCUACGGGACGCAAUUUGUAGGGGACGAGUUCAGAUGGAAACACCGUUGUGGGACUGUAUUAGCGAACCAGCUAAGGAUCUCAUACAGAGAAUGUUAACGACGGAUGUAAAUCAUAGGAUCACUAUUCAAGAAGUUCUCAAUCAUAAAUGGCUCAGAGAUCGCGAUAAGGGAGCAGCGCGGGUACAUUUAGGUGACACUAUAGAAGAACUUAAAAAAUUCAAUGCUAGACGAAAAUUGAAGGAUGCCGUAAAAGCAGCUGUGUCUUCAACAAAGUGGCACGCCCCGUAUUCGGAAACUAAUGGCGACAGUUUUUCCGAUGUCGGGGACGACGAGGUAACGGCUACAGGAGCUGUUGCUGAAAUUUUGGAUUCGCUCGACGAUAUAGAAGUAUUGCAAGAAAGCGGUAGACUGACGCGCGGUGAAAUUCUUAACGCCGUCGAGGACUAUCGCCUUCGUGCUAUUUUAGAGCUUUACGAUAGGAUCUCAAGUCGCGUGCCCACACCAUGCCGAGCGCCGCAAACGGACGCUGUUCAACGUGCGCGGGAAGUGGAAGAGAUCCUUCGGGAAGCUGAACACUCGACGGUACGAAACAUCGAUAGGGCCGAUCUUCGGGAACUUCAAGAACUUUUGAUGCAGCCGCACAUGAGGGUAAGUACCUCUUAACAAGUUCGAUUAUUA